GAUAAAACGUCAAAACAUUCAACUUUUCGUUCUUCAUCUGUGUAUAUGUAUAACUGUUGAAAAUGAUUUUAUUUCGAUCUGUUGCUUAUCAAAAUUUAAUUUAACAUUUUUUCUGAGCACAAUGUCAUCAAAGAAGAUACAUUUAUCUUUGAACAGGGAUAUUAAGCAACCGAAUUUAACGAAUUUCUUCCUAUCAAAAGUGAAAUCGCAGGACAAUAGUACCGACGGAUCGCAAAGUCAGGGCUCGUCAUCUCCAAGUGUGUCAAAGAAGAAGGAUUGGAUUAACACAGACGCCUUCAACAACAAAACGGAAUCGUUCUCAUCAUCAAUAGUAUCGAUCAGUGAUAGCGAUGAAGGGACACCAAUCAAACUCGAUCCAAAAAAAUUUGAUUCAGACGAUGACAUGUUCGAAUCAGCGUCUCGUGACGGUUGCUCCUAUGCUUCCAAGAAAAAUGUGACAAAAAUGUUGGAGCAAUAUGAAAGUCCGAAGAAACAGCGAAUCGAUGUAACGUUGAAAUUAACGCCGGAAGAAAAGAUGCUUUUCAGAGAGGCACAGGAAAUGGAUCCACAGUUUCUGGAUGCCAAUCGGAAGUUGGAAGAAAGUUUAAGGAAAUGUAAUGGAAGUAAGUUUCGAUUUAACGUGCCAAUGAGCAAAAACAAAUCUGGAGCCGACUCAAGCCAGUCGAACGAAACAAUCUCGGUCAUCGAUGCUAGUGUAGUGAAUCUCAAUUCGUCGCACGAUCUUUUCGAUGAAAUGGUCGCGGCAAAGAAAACAACCAAUGGCGUGCUCGACAGUGGAAAUAGAAAUCAAUCUUUAAAUGAUAAGUCUAGGUCAUCAACGAAUGGAUUAGAUAAAAGUUUUGACCAACUAAUUAACGAUAGCGUUACGUUUACAUCACUAUCGGAUAUCACAGCUUCCGAAUCAAAUCCACCAAACAACGAGACUAAUUCAGUGCCAACCACAAAACCAUCGGAAUCAGUCAGAAGGAACAACAAAUUUGUUUUUAGGACAGCAACUACUUCGAAAGCAGCUGGUAGUCAUACUGAAGGCAAGGCUGUCGAUUCUGAGCGGAGCAAUCCAACCUCGCGACCAACAGCGACAAUACCGAAAUCAAAAAAUCAUGACCAUGACAAGUACGACGUCGAUGCCGUUUUGAAGGAAUUAAGUUAUGAAAAUCAUCUUCCGAUUGGAGCUAAUCGAACAAGACCGAGUUCACCAUUGAAGAAUACUCAUCAACAAGCGAAGAAGCCGGCAAAACCAUCGACUGUUCGGCGAAAGGACUUGGAAAACAGCUAUGACGAUGAAUUUUCUACGUCAGACUUUUCGUUUUCAACGAGCAGAAUAUCGUUACCAUCAUCGACCUCAACGUGCCUUACCUCACCUGCUGCCAAUACCGUAGACAAGACAUCAAGUAAAGAUCCGAAAACGAGAACAGGUUUCGAGAAUUUGCAAAAUGUUUUGAAUCGAAUUUCGAAUAGUCCGGCUGUGAAAACCACAUCGAACCCAAGUCAUUCCACAUUGGAAGAACUGCACAAAUACAAUGUCCAAUUGAUGGAAUCAUGCUGUGAUAUAAUCGAUCAACUGCCAUCCGAAGCGUAUAAGACCCUUUUCGGCGACAAAGUGAAUGAUUUCGUUCAACUCAGAAGUCUACGCUCGAGAGUCAAGGCGAAAAUUGUUAAAUUCGACAAAUUGCUACAAAAUGAAACAGCAGUGCCUGCAACCCGACCGAAACCAGUGUCUGAAUACCAACAAACACCGACUCCUGUCGCCAAACCGUCUUUUGAUUUUGAUGAUGAGGAAGAAAUUUGUCCCGAUCUUAUGGAUUUCCUUAAAUUAAACGAAGAGGAAAGAGAUUCGUGGGGACGACUAGAUGAAAUCAACGGUUCAUCAUUUGCCUCUAGUAGUGGAACUACUACAUCCAACAUCAACCGAAACUCAACAUAUCAAGAACGAGACAUUUCAAUAAUCGACCUGGACAGUCCUUCCGUUUCCCGAUCAACUGCAACCGCUUCAAACACAACACUGAUGGGAAAAUUUCAGUCUCACAUUCAAAAUGACGGCAUAACCGGAGAAUUCGACGGCUACGGUUAUGCACAUUCGCAAAGGCUAAAGGAUUGUUUCAAAGCGAAUUUUGGUCUCGUCGUUUUCCGCCCGAAUCAACUGCAAGUCAUCAAUGCGACGUUGACGGGCAAAGAUUGUUUCGUUCUGAUGCCGACAGGAGGAGGAAAAUCGUUAUGCUACCAGUUGCCGGCCUUGUUAAAUCCUGGCGUUACCAUUGUCAUCAGUCCACUCAAGUCGUUGAUAUUGGAUCAAGUAAACAAACUUCAGUCGUUAGAUAUUCAUGCCGAGCACAUGUCGGGUGAUUUAAGUCACGCUGAUUUCAGACGAAUUUCCGAUAAUCUCAACCGGAAUCCGCCAACGAUAAAACUUCUCUACAUUACACCGGAAAAACUGUUCAGUUCGGAAAGUCUUCCGCGGUUAUUGCACAUGCUGCACUCCAAAAAGUACCUUGCUCGUUUUGUUAUCGACGAGGCGCAUUGUGUAUCUCAAUGGGGCCACGACUUCCGUCCCGAUUACAAAAAGUUGUACACACUUCGCCAAGACUACCCGAAUGUUCCACUCAUGGCACUAACCGCAACAGCUACUCCUCGCGUACGCACAGACAUCCUGAAACAAUUGAAUUUGGUGCAGUGCAAAUGGUUUUUAUGCAGUUUCAAUCGACCGAACUUACAGUACGUUGUGAAACCGAAGGCUGGUGGACCGGCAACGAUCAAGGACAUUGUUGAAACGGUGAAAAAGAGUCCGAAGGCAUCUGGAAUCGUGUACUGUCUUUCGCGUAAAGAAUGUGACGAAACUGCGGACAAAUUGCUUGAAUGCGGCAUUAGAGCGUCCAGUUAUCAUGCGGGAAUGACUGACAAGAAUCGGGAACAGGUUCAAAAGGAUUGGAUUUCGGAACGGGUGAAGAUUGUUUGUGCGACCAUAGCAUUUGGAAUGGGUAUUGACAAAGCAGACGUGAGGUUUGUGUUCCACUACUCCAUGCCGAAGUCUAUCGAAGGAUAUUAUCAGGAGUCGGGUCGCGCUGGCCGCGAUGGUCAGAAAUCGUUAUGCAUUUUGUAUUACAACUACAGCGACAUGCUACGGUACCGCAAGAUGAUUCAGAGAGACAAUUCAUCCGGAUCGUACGAAUCGCGGCAAGUUCACAUCAACAACCUGUAUAAGAUUGUAGAGUAUUGCGAAAACGUCAUAGACUGUCGUCGGACGCUGCAACUGAAUUACUUUGCUGAACAGUUCUCCCGGGAGCAGUGUCUAGCUGUUCGUGAUAUGGCGUGUGACAAUUGUCUUAAACGUGACUGCUUCAAGGUCUUUGAUGUAACAGAGGAUUGUAAAACUAUUGCAAAGGCGGUACGAGAUCUAUGCAGCGGCAACAAUAGAUUUACAAUGACCCACAUCGUUGAUGUUUUGAAGGGCGGAUCAAGUCAAAAAGUCGUAUCGUCGCGGCACAAUGAAAGUCCAUAUCAUGGACACUUGAAAAAAUGGCAAAUGAAUGACAUCAAACGUUUAUUGCAUCGCAUGAUCACCGACGAGUAUCUGCGUGAAGAUUUGAUUUUCUGCCGGGACAUUCCGAAUGCCUACCUGAAAAUUGGCACCAACAUCGAAAAGUUGAUGAAAAGUGGCGUUAGAAUCGAAUUUGCUAUAUCCGAUGAAAAGAAGAAGAAGGCAACCAGUUUGGACGUUGUUACGACGGCCACACCAUCAACGGAUACGGAUGAAAUUAAAUUGGAUGCUCCUACGGAAAAAUUGAUCAAAGAACUGCAGGACAGAUGCCAUAACGAUUUGCUGGCUAUAGUCCAGAAGCUUGCCAACCAGCGUCAAUGCACCAUGGGCAAUAUCAUGAAUCUCCUGACGAUCAAAGAAAUGUCUAUACAAUUGCCGUCCACCGAAGAAGAAAUGCUUCAAUUACCUCACGUAACUAAAGCUAAUUUCGAGAAAUUCGGCAAGGAAUUGUUGGAGACGACUUGUGUUUAUGCGGCCGAAAAAUUGGGCAUUUUAAUGGACUACAAAGAAACACUUGGAACGGGAUCGGGACAGUCGUCGAAUACUGCCAACAAUCAAAUUUACGAUUCCGACGACGAUGGAACGAAUUGGAGUAAUUUGGCGGCCGAAAGCUCGCAAUCUGGAUCGGGUGCAAAGCGGAAACGCAAUUGGCCGGCGAAAGGUAGAUACGGUGGAGCGGCGAAACGGAAGAAAACUAAUACGCCGAAGAAACGGAGAGCUGGUGCGCGGAAAAAGACUCCUGCAAAAGCCAAACGAGCUUUGGGUUUUCUUACGCCAAAAUUUUGAUUUGUGGCUGGAUGUGACGAAUGAAUUCUUUUUUACAAUUUGAAAAGUUCAGGAAUUUUGCUAAUGUGAUGAUGAUGAUGAUGUUUAUUGUUGCAAGUUAUUAAAAUAGUGUUAAAGCCGA